UCCUGUUUGUCUGCUUUACUUUACAAUCUCUAUCCAUGUAACACUUUUCCUCUAUUGAGACAAAAAUGAAAAUAAUAAUAUUUAUUAGUGACGUCAUUGAGGGAUUCUGGAUGCAGUUCCUGUCAGUUGUCAAACUAGGUUUUUAGUUUCUGGUAGAUUGAACAACUGUUUGCUGGAAUUGUGCUGAGCUGAAGCAGUCUUCCUCUUCCAACUAUAAAGCAGCACCUGUCAUACUUACUUAUUUCUGGUGGAAGAAACAGUAACAAAAAUGUCAGGGAUUCCAGCCUCGGGGUCAGAAGAUGACAUGAAGAAUGAAUUGGCAAAUCUUCAGUUCCAGGCCAACAAAACUACAGAUGAGUCGUUGGAGAGUACCCGGCGAAUGAUGACCCUGUGUGAAGAGAGCCAGGAUGUUGGUAUAAAGACACUGGUUAUGUUGGAUGAACAAGGCGAGCAACUGGAUCGUAUUGAAGAGGGCAUGGACCAGAUCAACACAGAUAUGAAGGAUGCAGAGAAGAAUCUGGAAGGCAUGGAGAAAUGUUGUGGUUUAUGUGUACUGCCAUGGAAAAGAGCUAAGAAUUUUGAGAAGAGCAGUGACUACAACAAAACAUGGAAGUCGUCUGAGGAUGGUACUGUAAACACUAAUGGCCCUAGGGUGGUAGUAGGUCAAGGAAAUGGCGUUGGUCCUACAGGGGGCUUCAUAACAAAGAUUACAAACGAUGCACGGGAGGAUGAAAUGGAACAGAAUCUAGGAGAGGUCAGCGGUAUGCUUGGUAAUUUGAGAAACAUGGCCGUUGAUAUGGGCAAUGAAAUCGGCUCGCAAAACAGACAGCUAGACAGAAUUAACCAAAAGUCCGAGUCAAACGAGGAGCGUAUCAGAGAGGCAAACACGAGGGCUGCAAAACUUCUCAAAUCCUAGAUGUCUCGUUCCUUCUUCCUGCUAUUAUAAAUGGUUAUUCUUAUUGGGACAUCACUUACAGACAGAGUGGAUACAGCCAACAAAAGAGCCGUUAAAAUAUUGCGCAAUCAAUGAUGAUAGACAUUUUAUCCCCUCUAGUGCCAGAGACUAUCUGUUGCAAAAUAGUGCUCACAGUUACAUUAUUUUUAGACGAACAUUGAGAAGUUAAGCAGACACUGACCUUGUAAUGACGGCUAAUUUUUACGUGAGCAAGACUUCUAGGAAAUAAUUAGUGUGAUAAUUGUCCGUUAGUUUACUAUUUUUGCCCUGUUAAUUUAAGAUCUUGAUGUGGAUAUUACAAGAAUAGAACACUAAUAAACAAAAAAACUAGAUAUAUAGAUUAAAGGGAUAGUAAUUACUUCACAAUAGAAAUAGAUUUUACCUCUUUUAGUGCUAUAUUUGCCUCAAUAUUUAGAGAGUCAUUGCCUGCUCGGAAACGUAAAGGCAUUGAAUUAACUAGUUUUAGACAAUCUUUGUUACUUUUACCAAUCAACAGUGGUAUAUCAAUCUGUUGUUACACUUUUACCCAUCUUUUUUUUUAUAAGCAGUGAUAUAUCUGGCUUUUGUUACACUAUUACCUAUCUUAUAAUAUGUUCUAAGCAAUCACUCUAUUUUCUAAGCAGCAGCGAGGUCUUUUCUUGGCAUUUAUAGCACUUGAAGACAGAUGUUACCAUCAGUUUCAGUACCAUAAUUAAAUUUAUUUCACUCCCAUGUUUCAGUAAUGGACAAACCUUGUGUAUAUUAUGGAAUGUUUCAUUAUGAAAUAUGGGGGGUUUAAAUAUUGUUGAAUUUGAAUAAUCUUUUUGAUGAAUCAGUAUAUCGGGCCUGAUGCAUGUUCUCCAAUGUAUCUAAUGAUAUUAAAUGCCUAAACAACAAGAGGAAUUUGUGCAGUAGAUAGUGUCUGAAUUUUAAAAGAGUACAGAACAAAAAACAUGUUUCCAUAUUGUCUGUAAGGAGAUGUUUAUUACAGUAUAUGAUUGAUUUAGGUACUCUGGAUGGAUUUUAGUUAAUGUACAUGCAUUAACAAUGCUAUAAUAUCUGGCAGUUGCUAUUCUACCAGCAGUUUAAGCCAUACUUCCUUAUCGGUGUUUUAAUUUUACACUCAAAGACAUUUGAUGUUGAAGCGUUCCUUUUGAAGUGAAGUUCAUUUUACAGUAAUUGCCCUAUUAAUAUGCAGUUCAAAGAUUCUGUUGUGGAAUCAAUAUGCAAAAAAUAUGUUUUUAUAAAACUUUGAAAUUUUCUUAAUUAUCAAUUUAUACAGCAGAAGAUGUAAGAGAUUUUGUCAUUGCUUUGAAGUUGAACAUUGAUUCUGUGAAUUAAUUAAUUUUGUGAACAGAAUUUUCAUGCUUUUUUGCAAAAAUGUGUUGUUUUUUUGUAAGGAUAUGAAUUUAUGGAUUUUGUCAUUUGAUAAUAAAAUAAAUUGACAUUUUUUGUGUUUGUUUGGGUUUAAUGCUGUGAAUCAAUGAAAAUAUUAAUCCUUAGCCUGCUGGCCGCAAGUGAUUUUGCCUUUGUGACCAGUGCAGACCAAGAUCAGCCUGCACGGAUGUGCAGGCUAAUCAUGGUCUGCACUGGUCGCUGUUCAGUCAGUAAAUUUUCAGUGAACACCCCUUUCAUAAUAAGUGAUGCUGCCCAAAUUGAAAGAUGGACAAGUUCAUUACAGAAAUUUAGCAGGCUCAGUAUGGAAAAAAAAGUCAUUAACCCUUACCCUGCUAAAUUUCUAUAAUGAACUUGUCCAACUUUCAAUUUGGACAGUACCAUUAACUGUUUAAAGGGGGUGCUUACCAAAAAGAUACUGACUGAAUGGCAAACAGUGCAGACCAUGAUCAGGAUGUGCAGGCUGAUCUUGAUCUGCACUGGUCGCAAAGGCAGAAUCACUUGCUGCCACCAGGCUGAGGGUUAAGCAUUGUCUUCUGCCAUUUCUGAGGAAAAUAAGAAAGAACUAAAGCAGCUGUUUUUGAUUAAAAUUGAUCCAGAGUAAAAAAUGUCCAACGGAAAGGGAAGCUCGCAAUUCCUGGACUAUUUUUACUAUUUAUCGUAUAUGAAUACUAGUUCAUGUAGUUGCCAUCCUUACAUCAUAGGAAUUUCUUUAUUUGUGUGUCAGUGUCAUUGUUGUUGCUAAAUAUGGUUAUGUCUUUCAUUGCUAUAGAGGUUUUGAUUGAGUUUGUGAAAUAAUCAGAUUUACAUAACAUCUGAAAUAUUAAAGUUUAAAAAGAUAGCUUUUAUCAAUUUUAUUUCAAUCAUGGAAACAUUAAAUACAGUUCAUGCAAUGUUUUAAAUGUAUGAUUAGAAUUUAUAGGUAGUAGGGACUGAUUAAUUACAAAUCUUCUGAAACUGGCUUUCAUUUUUAGCUCAUCUGAUUUUUUGAAAAAAAAUGAUGAGUUAUUGUCAUCACUUGAGCGGUUGUCGGCGUCGGCGUCGGCGUCGGCGUUGCCUGGUUAAGUUUUAUGUUUAGGUCAGCUUUUCUCCUAAACUAUCAAAGCUAUUGCUUUGAAACUUGGAAUACUUGUUCACCAUCAUAAGCUGACCCUGUAUAGCAAGAAACAUAACUCCAUCUUGCUUUUUGCAAGAUUUAUGGCCCCUUUUGUACUUAGAAAAUAUCAGAUUUCUUGGUUAAGUUUUAUGUUUAGGUCAACUUUUCUCCUAAACUAUCAAAGCUUUUGCUUUGAAACUUGGAAUACUUGUUCACCAUCAUAAGCAGACCCUGUACAUCAAGAAACAUAACUCCAUCUUGCUUUUUGCAAGAAUUAUUGCCCCUUUUGGACUUAGAAAAUCAGUUUUCUUGGUUAAGUUUUAUGUUUAGGUCAGCUUUUAUCCUAAAGUAUCAAAGCUAUUGCUUUAAAACUUGCAACACUUGUUCACCAUCAUAAGCUGACCCUGUACAGCAAGAAACAUAACUCCAUCCUGCUUUUUGCAAGAUUUAUGGCCCCUUUUGGACUUAGAAAAUAUCAGAUUUCUUGGUUAAGUUUUAUGUUUAGGUCAACUUUUUCUCUUAAACUAUCAAAGCUAUUGCUUUAAAACUUGCAACUCUUGUUCACCAUCAUAAGCUGACCCUGUACAGCAAGCAACAUAACUCCAUCCUGCUUUUUGCAAUAAUUAUUGCCCCUUUUGGACUUAGAAAAAUCAUUUUCUUGGUUGAAUAUUAUGUUUAAGUCAACUUUUCUCAUAAACUAUCAAAGCUAUUGCUUUAAAACUUGCAACAGUUUUUCACCAUCAUAAGUGGACACUGUACAUCAAGAAACAUAACUCUAUCCUGCUUUUUGCAAGAGUGAUGGCCCUUUUUAGACUUAGAAAAUCAUGGGUAGGACAAUAUUUCUAUUAUACAAAAAAAAUCAGAUGAGCGUCAGCACCCGCAAGGCGGUGCUCUUGUUUUAAGUUGAGAUAGAGAUAGAAAUUAAAUGGUGUCCAGUUUAUUAUUUUUCAUUUCAAAGUUUUUUGUUCUUACUUUGUAUGUAGAAUUUAUGUACCUUAUCAAAAAAUUAAAUGUGAGAUUAUUACAAAAUUUGUACAUGUUAUUUACAUUAGGGGACCAAUUUACAUCUUUGUAUAACAUAACAUUCUUUAUAUGUUCAAAAGUAGUGUUCAUUUAUAAGGCAUGUUUUAUUAGAUGAUAAAACAUAGUAUUUAUUUAAAAAAUGCACCUUAAAGAUUGUUCACCUGUCUUCUAGAUAUAGUGUUUCUAUCUUUGUAUGAGGGUUCAGGUAACUGUAUACUCAGUACUUCAGCUCAAUCUGUAGUCAUUAAAUAUAUUCUCUGUUAGGGUGCUGCUUUUGUAUCUUGUAACUUUUAACAAUUUUCUUGUUGUAAAAAUAGUUGUAUAAGUCAUGUACAGUCAAACAUGUACUAUGAGACCACAAAGCCUGAGACUCACUAACCAAACAUUUUACUGUAGUUUUAACCUUUGAAAAAGACAGAUUGCACAUAGAGAUCAGUUCUGUAGUGAUAGUAGGUUUAUAGGCCACUUCCAACAGCCUUGCUGUUUGGUUAACCCUUUAGCAACGUGGUUGAGUGUCCGCCUACAGAUCGCAAGGUCCGGGGUUCGAGCCCCAGUAGUGACCUUGGUAUUUUCUCUCCCAGGGUUUACUUUAAUGGUGUCAGAAAUGUUUGACGGACUCAUGCGAUGGGCAUGGAGUGUCAUUCUAGAGAGCUGUUAAGCUCUGAAAAGUAAAGGGGGAGAAGUGUAAUGAUAGUAGGUUUAUAGGCCACUUCCAACAGCCUUGCUGUUAGGUUAACCCUUUAGGGACGUGGUUGAGUGUCCGCCUACAGAUCUCGAGGUCUGGGGUUCGAGCCCCAGUAGGGACCUUGGUAUUUUCUGUCCCAGGGUUUACUUUAGUUCUAAGCUCUCCCAUCGGUUGUCUUGAUACACAGGUUUGACUGUACUUAGAUGAAGGUAGUUGGUCAUAAUCAUUCCUGAAGUUAUAUUUUGGACUGGUAUUUCUUCAGAGGGGUAGUGCUUAGAGCAUUUUUAUGCCAUGUAAAAGAUAUUUUCAUAUCCUUCCAUAGUGACCCACAUCCUUGGCCCCCAUUCUUGUGUUUUCAUAAGAAAUAGAUGUAUAUUUUUGUGUUAUCAUAAAAUUAUCUCUGAAGUCAAGACCUGUACAAAGUAUGACUGUGUUAAGGUUAAAAGCUCCCCAUGUGGAAAAUAUUUACUGGGAAGUGUUUGUUACAAUUUUAUUUGUCCUAUGUCUCUACCCAUUUUUAUAUACUUAAAAGGCAUUUAUUUGCGAGAUAAGAGUUGUUUUACUGUAGAGAACCAGUCCACAAUAAUACUACGCUGCCAGUCUUUUUACCUGUUUUCUUAUUACAUAACAUUGUGUAAUCAUUUCUGCAUUUUACAGUAUUCAUGUGUAGAAAAAGCAACACAUUUUUCUUCUUUUAUUCCAGUAGUUGGGGUGAAUUGAAAGUGCAAUAAUCUCUCAUACAGCAUUCAUUAUUGUGAGAGUUGGUUGAUGGAUUCUAAAUAAAGAACCAAAUCAUCGGUAUAUCUAAUUAAGCAGACUAGUUUACCAAUUCAGAUUUUCCAGUUUUCUGUCUUUUAAUUCAUAAUGCAGGUGUAACUUGUGGCAUUAUAUAAAUAUCACUUUGCUUUGAGUGGACAGUAACUAUUAGAGUAUAAGGAGAAUACUGUUGGCUGACACAGAGCUGAAGCUGAUAGUACUUCUGAAUAUGUUCUGUGUAUUACCGUCCCAAUAAAAAGCAGUAUGAUAUUUGUUUUAUUGUACAAAAUAUAAUAGCAAAAAAUUAUAAUAUACACAUUUCACAAGUUGAUUGAUGAACUGUUUCCCAGGCUAUCAGAGACAUCAGUACUCGCCAUUCUGCAUUAAAAAAGCUUGCCAAUUGUGUAAAACUUACAGACAGCAAAACCUGCCAGUGCUUUGACAAUUUUUCCACCGGAAAUAAAUGGAAAGAAUAUUUAACAAUUGUAAUGUAACAGUUCUUCAUUGGCAAUUAAAUUGCAGUAUAAAUAUAUAAAAUGAUGGUUAUAAGAUUUGUAUAUGGUUUAACUUUGGUUAUGUCUAAAUGUAUGUAAAUACACUGCUUACUGAUGAACGUGGGCACUGACACUUAUGACCAACAUUCAGAAUUGAACUGUUGAUAGUUGGUCACUGGGUUGCAGCCUCUGUUCAUAUGCUGAUGUUACAAUUUUGGUGAAGUCUCACCUAUGCUGAAGAGGUUGUGUAGGAGAAUGGCAUUCCUUUUACUUGUGUAUUUACACAGAUGUGUAGUUUUGAAUAAGUACAUGUGAAAUUUCAUGGGCAUUUGUUGAGUUUGUAGUUAGUCAUAGUUACUGGACAAUAAGUAGUUAUGGCUGACUAUAAACUUAUCAUUAUGGUAAUAGUUUGACAAAGCCACAGUUAGAUAUCAUAAAAACUGUGCUGAGGUAAACAAAAUAUUUGGAUGUAAGGUACACUUUCAAGUCCAAGUUCAGUACAUACAGGUUUUGUUAUAGCAAAUAUAUUGUUGUAAAUAAUGUUACCAGUGUUAUAUAUGUACUGGCAUUAGCAUGAUUUCCAUAUUUGAAACCUGUGUAACUUCAAACACAUGUCAUGUCUGUCUAAGUGCUGUACUGUAGUUUUAAGUUAUAUUUGUAGCUGUAUUUAAAAUGGGGUAUGACAGCUGUGCUGUUCUGUGUUUCUCCUAGCUUAAUGGGUGCAGCUUUUCACAGAGGUUUAGAUUCUUGUAUGUACAGUGCAAACUAGUAUCUCAAAUUCCAGAGGUUGAGAUUCUUGUAUGUACAGUGCAAACUAGUAUCUCAAGUUCCAGAGGUUGAGAUUCUUGUAUGUACAGUGCAAACUAGUAUCUCAAAUUCCAGGCAACUGAGUGUUUUACUUUGAGAUAUCUGACUGAUUGAAAAUGAAACUUGGUGCAGGUUUUUUUUUUUGCUAAAUGUUGUAGAGAUAAGUGAGUCUAAGACAACAAGUUCCAACUGUAUAUUUGAGCUGCACCAUGAGAAAACCAACAUAGUGCAUUUGCGACCAGCAUGGAUCCAGACCAGCCUGCACAUCCAUGCAGUCUGGUCAAGAUCCAUGCUGUUCGCUUUCAAAGCCUAUUGCAAUUAGAGAAACUGUUAGCGAACAGCAUAGAUCCUGACCAGACUGCACGCAUGCGCAGGUUGGUCUGGAUCCAUGCUGGUCACAAAUGCGCUAUGUUGGUUUUCUCAUGGCGCGGCUCUUUUGAAUAUGUCGAUUUUCUCCACAUGUACUAAUAUACAUCUAUUAUAAUUAAUCAAAAUUAAAGGCUGAACUACAACUAUAGAGAAUAUCACCCAGUGUAUUGUACUCUGAAUCAGCCUGUCAGUUCAAAAUAAGUACAGUUGCACUGGCCUUAAUGGCCGCCUAAAUUUAGCAGCCAUUUUACAAGAAGACAGAUUUUACUUGUGAUUUGAAGUCUCCUUAUUAAAAUACAUAGUGGCUCCAGGUGGGUGGGUGGGGGAGAAAAUCCUACAUGUACACAUGAAAUAUCAGCCUUAUUGUGUUUUUUUUGAAGAUCUCUUUCCUCCAUGUUGGUAAUGGGCUGUCAUAGAGUAGUAACUAACUGUUACACAUGCAUACUAAUCACAUGUUCAUGAGAAUUUUUGUAAACAAAAUAGAUCAAAUCUUUUUUUUAAAAAAAGAAUAAGAUAGUCCACUGUGAAAUAUGACAAAAAUUUAAAUGCCAUUUAAUUAUGAUGAUAAUUUUAAGCACAUAAGGAACAACAAAUUAAAGCAGCAUUGUUUUUUACCGAAGAUAAAUUGUUAACAAAUUAUAGUUAAAUUAAUUUUAGAAAUACGUUAUUUGUGCAAUAUUUUGAACAUUUCAGAAUGAAGUGUAGAAGUAAUGGCAAAUGUAUGUUUAAUGUUGUUGCCUUUUUGUCUAUGAUGUAUGCUCUGUACACAGGAAAUUCUAUGCCAUAAGUCACUACCAGUCAGGGAUAGAAUUUUAGAGUCCUGUAAAAUGGAAUGUAUUAGCAAACUUUGAAAGGAUUCAGUUUUGUUAAUGUACUGUUUUUGGUUUUGACAAAAGUAAACUUGAAAUUUUCGAAAUUACUUUAAGACAAAAGCUAUGUGAAAACAAAACUGCAUGUAUUUAGACAGUUUCUUUAAUAGAUGUCAGAUUGUCAUUCAUGGAUACUUUAAUAUUAGGAAAUAUAUGACAGGUGUGCAAAUUACUGUAUGGAAAGAUUGAGCAAUAAAGGGCGGUAACUAAAACAGAACAUAUUCAUGAAAAAAUGAAGUUUAUGAAUAGAGGGACAAUUCAUUUGCAGAGAAAAGAAGCCCUACAUUAUUUUUUUCUACAGAUUUUUUUGGAGAAAUUACAAUGUUGUGUGCUUUUGAUAUAGAAACAUUAUCAUUGGAUAGUAUUUUUACCAUCUUUGAAAAGAAUCAGUUGUGGCUGUUGAGUUUGAAAAAAGUUGUUUUGACAUGAAGACCAAGUUUCAGUUAUUUGAAUUGUAAAUGAUAUUUUAAAUCUUUGAAGUUUUAUACUAGCGAAAAGAAAAUUUUGCAUAUUUUAAGUAAUUUUAUCACAUGCAUCAAUUUUUUCAUAAAAUUCAUGUCUGUGUAACAAAGUUUACACUUCUAUCAGUAAUUUGCACUCUUGCCAUAUACGAUAGGAAUGUAGUUUUGUGUGAUGCAUUUUAAGUCAGAUAAUGUUACUUUCCAGAUAUUGAUGUAUUUUAAACAUUUAAUAUAUUAUUAUCAUGUUUAAAGGUGAAAAUUUAUGAAAUUUUGUUUUGAUUUGUAUCAAAUUGUUUAACAUCAUUAAAAUCAUUUCACAUCAGA